AGCCCACGACUCCCCUGUAAAGCAAACUUCUCUCUCUCUCUCACACACACACACACACACACACACACGGCGGUUCCAGAAGAAAAGCUUCGAUCUCCGGUGACUGCUGAAAGGACAACUUCAAAUUUUCUACGUACUGGAACGCUUCAAAGUGCUGAAACAAGUGGAAUUUUAACAUGUCAGCACUCUUCAAUUUCCAUUCUUUCCUCACGGUAGUUUUGUUGGGCAUCUGUGCAUGCACGUAUGUAAAGAUUCAGUUUCCAGCUCUUCUUGAACAGAGAACAGGGUUUCGAGGUGUCUUCUGGAAAGCUGCUAGAAUAGGUGAGAGAUUGAGUCCUUGGGUGGCUGUGGGAUGCUUCACUAUGGGAGUUUCUAUAAUCUUCUUCUGAUAUGGAUCAAUUUACAUCAAAAGUAGGCUCCGUUUUACGAUCUUUAAUUUGUUGUUAUAAUAACUUUUCUCGUAUAUUUUGAAAGUUUAAUUGAAGGAUAAUUGGUUGAAUUCCACGACUACCAUCUUUGGUUAUGGAUUUUGUACUAUUGAUGUGGGAUUCCUGUUACUUGAAUUGCCUUACAUAGGGAGAAAAAAAAUUACACUUCUGUUUGCGCUCGUGCAAUUUGUAUUUUCCGAACAUCAAGAUUCGUUUUAUAUUUUCGAACAUCA